CUCAACGUAGCGCAUCUCAAUUUUUCUUUCACUUUUUACGGAUACGCAUUCGACUUCCGAUUUCAACUCAGCGAUUCAUAUGUCCAAAAGUUAUUGUUCAUUUUCUCAAUCGUUCCACUGGAUCCGUAGUUCAUGCUUGAACUGUACGGUCACCGGAUACCCUUUGGUCGAUAUUUGCUCCAUGCAAACUUUGGACCAACUGAUCCAAAACUCCCGAAGCGCAAAGUCGAUCCAUUCUUCUCGCUAUCUGUACGCAUAUCCCCGCCACUCCGGAUCUGACGAAAACGCAUAUUGCCUGCGAUCAUUUUGCAUCAUAGACUUCACGAUCCUGUUUUGGGGUCUUCGUUUGUCAGUUUUUAUUCCUUUCAUCUUUAGAUAUUGGUCGGUCUUGGGGUUUUUUCUUUUUUUGGGUGAGUUGAGCGAAAUUGUGGGAAUUUGGCGUCUUGUCCCUUUGGCCUUGUGCCACCAAGCAAUGGUUUCUGGUUCUAACAGGCUCGGUUUUGAUUGUUUGGCUUUGUGCUUCCUUCUACGUUACGAUUGUUUCUUUGUUCAGCGCUGCGCCUCAAGAAUGGUUCUGAAGGUUACACUGCAUCGGUUAAUGGUUUCUUCAUUGGAGUUGGUUAGUGGUAUGCCACACCGCUCCCCGCUCCGGUCUUUCGACAAGUCUGCUUUGCUCACGACGCCUGCAUAUGCGAUACCCGAGUCUUCGCGUCUAGCAGGAGAGCAGCACCGCUGGGCUUUUUCCCUCACGUUUUGGUCAUGACUUGCUUACCGUUUGGAUCUCUGCCUUUUCGCCCUAGUCGGUUGUAAUUAAUGGCACAAGAUCAAUGAUGGGCGUCACUUUUUGUUUUCUCUCGAGGCGGAAAAUACCUCUUUCUUUUAUUCAUGGGUCGCAUACCUUCUCGGCAUUGUUUUGGGGAUAGGGUGGAAAAGAAUCGUUCGGUAUAUUACUGCGAUCAAGCAGAACUUUGUAACAACAAAAGCAAAAAAACACAAUCAUUUAGUUGGCGGCAUGUCCGCUUUUGGAAAUUUAGACCCAGCCUUUGCACAAGUGACGGAGUAUGGA